AUGUCUACUUUACGUAAUGCAUUACAUAGGCGUGAUCACAAAGAACGCGCACAACCUCUCGCUAGAGAGAAACGUGGUUUACUUGAGAAGCACAAAGACUACGUUCUUCGUGCUAAAGACUAUAAUUUUAAGCAAAAGAGAUUAAAAUCUCUAAAGGAAAAAGCGUUUUUUAGGAAUCCUGAUGAAUUCUAUUUCAAAAUGAUAAAUACGAAGACAAAGGGAGGCGUGCAUAUAGCUCAGAGGAAUGACGCAUACGCUGGUGAAGAUAUUAAACUGUUAAAGUCACAAGAUUUAAACUAUAUAAAAACUCAAAGAGAUAUUGGGAAUAAGAAAGUCGACAGGCUUUUAAAUGAUAUGAUCUUAUUGGACAACGGCGACGAAAUGAUUACCGCAGACAGUGAAGACGCAGAAACAAGCGUAAAACCAAAGCAUAUAAUAUUUGUAGAUAGCAAAGAAGAAGCUGCUAACUUCGACCCGGUGAAGCACUUUGGCACGCUUCCUGAAUUAAUCAAUCAAAAAUUUAACAGGCCUCGUGUAGAGACGCUAGAACAGGAAAGAGCAAUAGCGCCAGGAGACGACAUGAUUAUAAAAGAACUGAGGAAGGAACGUCUCGAGAGAUAUAAAGAGUUAUUAUCUCGAAUUGAGCGUGAUAAGAAGAUGAGUAAAUUGGAGCGAGAACUAGUUAUUCAGAAAGCAUUAAUGGGUAAAGGAAGACGUGUCAAGAUAGGUGAAGAUGCCAAUGGGUUGCCUAUAUACAAAUGGAAAUAUGAUAGGAAGAAAUGA